GUGUGAAUGGGUGAGGUCUGUGUGGUGUGUGUGUGUGUGUGUGUGUGUGUGUACCUGCCUGAGUACUAGGGCCAGGAAAAGCCAAAACUUAAGAAGUCUGCUCAUAGACUGAACAGCUGAAGGGGUUCUCAGUAAUCUUCCGUCUGUGAAUUUCCUUAUUUUUCAGGAGAAGCGCUACCAAGCAGCCGCUGUGCUCACUGAACACCCUCCCCUGUAUCGCUUAAUUGAGAAGGCAUACAAAUGCUCUCAGUUCAGCCAGACACCAAGCCGAAAGGUUGUGCUGGCUGCAACCGCAAAAUCAAGGACCGGUAUCUCCUGAAGGCACUGGACAAAUACUGGCAUGAGGACUGUCUGAAGUGUGCCUGCUGUGACUGCCGCUUGGGAGAGGUGGGCUCCACCCUGUACACGAAAGCUAACCUCAUCCUUUGUCGCAGAGACUACCUGAGGCUGUUUGGUGUGACGGGAAACUGCGCUGCCUGUAGCAAGCUCAUCCCUGCCUUUGAAAUGGUGAUGCGUGCCAAGGAUAAUGUGUACCACCUGGACUGCUUCGCCUGUCAGCUUUGCAAUCAGAGAUUUUGUGUCGGAGACAAAUUUUUCUUGAAGAAUAAUAUGAUCCUGUGCCAGACAGACUACGAAGAAGGCCUAAUGAAAGAAGGUUAUGCACCCCAGGUCCGCUGAUCCCGCAACAUCACCCCUAACUACGCAAGCACCGCAUCCUUUUAUCUUUUUGCUCACGUGUACAUAAGAAUCAAUCGACACAGGAACGUACUAAAUAGGAUAGCGGUAGGACAACAGGAUGGCCAUGUGGAAGAAAAGGCGGACUGCAUCUGUAUGUAGUGAAUUUGCCCCAGUUCGAGAGUUGAAUGUUCAUUAUUAAAGAGAGAGAAGUAAUGUAUAUAUUGCCGGAAUUUUUUGCUUGCUAUUCGUUUGGGUUUUGUUUGUUUGUUUGUUUGUCUGUUUGUUUGUUUUUUGUGUCACUCGGCAUGAGAUCUUUAUUUUGGACUAUUGUAUAUAAUGUAUUGUAAAAUCCGAAGCACAAAUGUAAUACAGUUUUAUUGUGUUACCAUUUGUGUUUGGUUUGCUUCUUUGUAUUGUUGCAUCUAGUACAAUCAGUGUUUCAACUUACUGUACGUUUAUGCUCUCUGUGUCUACCAGCUAUUUUUCAACGAGCUGUACCUUUCUAGUAAGAAUUGAAGAGCAAAACCUCAACGAUGACACACAGAUGAAGCAAGACUAUCAACGUUAGAAAGACAAAACUAAAUAAGUAAACAAACACAAAGCACUUAGUGACAUCCGCUUCUUACGGCUACUACAGUUUGGUGUAUCCAUGCUCUCCUCAUAGCCCCCUAUUUUCAGGGGGCUAAAGAUCAGCUUUAAAAAUGAUAACGAUUUCACCUUAAAGCACUUUCAUUUUAUGCCAACGUGAAAAGUGCCAUUUUUAGAAUGACUUUAGAGCUUAGUGAUGUUCUUCAAUAUCCUUUACUGUGCUCCUUACCUUUGCUUUCAGAUUUAUUCUACUUUUUUUUUUCAAUCACACACCCUAUGUGAACUAGUGCCUUUGGGUAGCAUGUAAACAAUUUCCAAAGGGUUACUCUAAAUGAGAAAGGUUUUACCACAAUUAUGACAUAAUUUAAAAAUUUUCAACUUCUUGUGUAAAUGUUGUCCAGAUUUCUCCCUAGGAGAUGAGGGCUUUGUGUCUAUGGUUAAUGAGCUGAUGGCACUGAACAGACUUGCGGGUGUAUCUCCUGAAAUGGGGAUGGUGCACACAGAGAUCCUGAUGGCUGAGUCACACUGGGAUCUGCUCACAGCCUUGGAACUGUCGGUGCAGAAACAGAGAAGAGAAACAGAGAGAUUGAUAAGAUGUUGAGAACUGCUUGGUGAUGAUGUAUUUCAUCUGCCAUUUACUUUAAUCUUUAAAACACUUUCGAUUUGCUAUAUCACACUUUCUCGGCCCCUUGUGUUCCUUGCCAUCUUCCAACUCAGAUUAUGUAACACUUGGGCUAAAAUCUAUUCCCCGCCCCCUUUUUUAAAAUUUUGUUUUGGUUUUUAAUGGUGAAGUGUUUCCCCCUUAUUUAAAUGAUAGCUGAUGAAGAAGAAUGUUCUAGAAACAGAAACUGUGGGAAAUGAUUACUUAAAUUGCGAUUAAGGAAAUAAAACCAAGAAUAUGACUUCCUCUUC